UGUACGGUGACAAAUAUGGCCGUCUUGACAGUGGAUGGUUUUUUGAUAUUCCGAUGUUGGCAGGUCUGUGAAAGGGCGUAUAAGAUGGUCAUUUCACCCAUUGUACUUUGGAUUGGCGGGGCGGCUUGCACAGUGCUUCAGAUAUACUGGCAAAUUGUCCAGAGCGCAGAGAUACACAAAGCGUGGACGCCAAUAAACAUGACAGUAGGACCCGGGACGAUUCUCACCCCAUUCUGGGGCUGCUCAAUAGCGGUAAAUGUGUAUUCAACAGGAGUCAUAUUACACCGCAUAUGGAGGCAUGUUCAGGGUCAGAAAAGAUUCUCCACCGCAAUGUCGUCCUCGACUCGCGAUCUUCGUUUUGUCAUGCGUGUUUUAGUCGAAUCCGGAGCAUUAUACCUUCUUAUUACGAUCCCUCAUUUCAUCGUCUGGUGGACGCCCAGCUCAACAGCUAUUCUGAUACUUGCAUGGACAAAUCUCCCAGCAGUUGGAUGCACAUUUAACCUUAUCGUAAUACGCACGUCACAGAGGCGUGUCGAGCGCGACAAGGACUGUGAGAGAAAUAGAGCAUUCCUCUCGGCCGUUAUGGAUUUCCUCCCUUCUGACACCGCCGGUUCCGGGGAUGUACAUACAACAGACCAUUUCUCGAGCGGAAGAACGUCAUCGACGUACGAGAAUGACCAAUGA